CGGUCAUUCUUCUCCUAUGUAGUAUGUACCGAGUCCCUAUCGAUAUUGGUUCCAUAUUUCUCCCAUUUCCCCCAUUUCCCCACUAAUCUAGAUGGAGUAGGUACAUCCAUCAAGCAUAAAGCAUGUUUUCCUUAUCAUCAUGAUUCAGCAUGACUUCCAUCGCAUUAAGUUGAGGAUGGAAUGGUUGUCCGUCGCAAUGAAUAAAUUGAUAUACCCUUAAUCCGUAGGUAGUAUUUGACUUAUGAUGAUGCACUUACAUGCAAGUACCUGGUCAACUGAGCUGUUCCUGCGUCUCUCCCGCGUCUUCUCCCUUGCCUUAGGUACAUAAAGGACCCGCUAUGCGUUGGCCCAAAACGAAUAUCUUCUUCAGUCGGCCUACCUAUUCCUUCUCCACGAAAAAAAAACCUCGGUUUUGGGAAGACAGCGUUUAUACGAAUUUCUCAAGUCCCCGGUAGUUGAACAAUUACCACUUGCGACGUCAGACUUUGCGCAACCCAGAAAAAAAUAAAAAUAAUAACAUCGACAUUCUUCUGAUAAACGAAGAGAUAAUAUGUCGCGCAUAAACCAACCUUCGAAUCAAAUAAAGCUCACAAACGUGUCACUUGUCCGCCUAAAAAAGGGAAAGAAGCGCUUCGAGAUCGCUUGCUACAAGAACAAGGUCCUAGAAUGGCGAUCCGGUAUCGAAACCGACCUCGACGAGGUCCUACAAAUCCCCAACGUCUUCCUUAACGUGUCCAAGGGGCAGACCGCGCCGACCGCAGAUCUCGCCAAGGCGUUCGGGAAGGACAAAUCCGUAAACGACAUCAUCCUCGAGAUCUUGAAUAAGGGCGAGCUGCAGGUGGGAGAAAAAGAGCGCUCGGCGCAGCUGGACAGAGUGCACAAUGAGGUCAUAAGUAUAGUGGCGAGCAAGCUGGUCGAUCCGCGCACGAAGAGAGUCUACACCACCGGCAUGAUCGAGAAGGCGCUCGAUAUGUUAAGCUCUCAGGCGCAUCAGCAGCAAGGCGACAAGAAAAGCUCGGAAGCGGGCAGCGGCGCGGGAACGCCAGCUACGGGCGACGACGCGGAAGCGAAGCCAAGAACGAAAGAGCACAACUGGACAGGCGUGGUCACGACGAAGAGCGCAAAGAGUCAAGCCCUCGAAGCCAUGAAGGCUUUAAUCGCGCACCAGCCGAUCCCCGUCUCCAGAGCGCGGAUGCGGCUCAGGAUUACGUGCUCGACGAACGUUCUGAAGCAGGCAGUCAAGGCGCCCAAGGGCGCUGAUGCGGAGGGAGAACAGAAGGCUCCCGGGACCGUGAAAGACAAGAUCUUGAGCUACGUUGAACAGGUCGAAAAUCAAGAUGUCAUGGGAUCGGAGUGGGAAGUCGUCGGCUUUGUGGAGCCGGGGGCUUUCAAGGGUCUAUCCGAUUUCGUGGGGAAUGAGACCAAGGGUCAAGGACGUGUGGAGGUCCUGGACAUGGCAGUUACUCACGAGGAUUAGGAUUAUACGUCUAGUGCUAAUGUCAUGUCACAUUGAAGAAUUAUCAA